GCUAAACAUUCGCCUUGCAUUCUCUAGCUUCAGAGCACCAACAAAGCUCUAUAAUUUUUUUUAUUUACUUUCACCUUCGCUCACCCUGUCAGUACUUAGAGCAGGUAACCACUUUUCAACAUAGCAACCGUGCCUAGGGUCCGUCAUUCCUUUCUCAUCAAUCUUGACCACUGCGCUUUUUCGCAUUUUUCGCAUACGCAUACUACUCUGCAUUUUCUAGUUCUCAGACCGUACGAUGCGGUAAUCUAAUUAUUCUAUUUCUUUACUCUCUCCAAAGUCGCCAAGAUGGCUCCCGCAAUUGCGCGCCGAGUGCCCUACAAGGAUUUCCUACAGCCAGCCUUGCAGAGACGGUUUGCCUCAACGACUGGUGUUUUGCUAGCUAUCGCGUAUGUCCAGGCAAUCAUUUUGGCCAGAUGGAAUUCCUUCAUAUGGGCUUGGUUCCCUAUCGGACCUACUGGUCUACGUACUUUGUGUAUCUUCGGUAGCAUCCUCCCCGUCAUCAUACUACGAAUUGCCCAUUCGCACAUCGGCAUUCGAACAUCCAACUCCCCCUUCGAGACCUUCCGCCAGAAUGCGUUUUCCUUUGCCACUAUUGAGACAAUCAUUACAUUUACCAUCUCCGCUUGGUUGUUUAGCCAGACGUUUCUCUUCUCAACUCCCGCCGAUGCCAACCUGGGAUGGAUCACGUAUUACAGUGGGGAUCGCACACGGCUAAACGAGAGGGCUCUAUUCUACACCGUUGACCUGAUCAUAUUAGGUAUUGUUCAAGGGGUCUUACAUAUAUCACUAGACUAUGAUCGUAUGCUUUUAGGAUUAGUGAAGCCGCAACGCGAAGGAGAGGUCAACAACCAAGGAGGUGAACCCUGGACUAAACUAGGCGAAUGGAUCCCUGUUCUCGUGGUUCGCUCGGGAAUGCUCUCGAUGACCGUGGGGUUGGCCAAUUAUGUGGUACUCUACCAUUUCCUAAGGCGCUCAGCUUGGGGCUGGGCCAUGUCCUUUUUCCGCGUGUUCUACAAUCUCCCGAAGUCCAAUAUCCCGCCUAGUCAAGCGCCAUGGAGUCUCUGGAUGCUGGGACGAUCCAUGUGGGCGGGCUUCCUAUUAUGUCUAUUAUGGUACAUCGGCGACAUGGCCUUCAGACUACAGCUCGCAAAGGCACCUCUUAAGAACAACCUGCCACUUAGUUCCGAGUCGAAAGAUCCAAACGGAAGCCUGCUAAACGGGUUGAAGAGCACGAAACCGCGCAUAGCUGCAUUCGCUAUGUGGGAACUAGCUUUAAUCGCACGAGACUUUGAUAUUCGGAGACUGAGCAUCUUCGAGGACAUUGAUCGAAAGGACGGCCCAAUGUGGUCCCAAGUCUAUGUUACUUGCCUAAAUGUGAUCAAGUCCAUCGAGGAGAGAAUUGACAAUUACGGGAAGCCACCUAUCCCUCCACCAGCGGCAGCACCCGCUGCUGAUCCUCUUCAGCCACCUCAACGAAUUGUCGAGCCCCCGAGGACCGAUAAUGUGUGGGCAGCAGCACCGGCUCGAACAGGUUUGCGAAGUUCUAUAGGCAAGCUUGCUACCAGGGUGGUAACAUCACCUGGCAAGACGCCCGCCGAGGUGUAUUUGCCUGAAGCCAAGAGAAAGGCAAUAGAGGCGACCGAUCAUUUUCUUACCAAGGAGCAAAGAGAAGCCCUCACAACUGAAGGCGUGAAUACGCUAUUCCAAAAUUUAGUGUUGCGUGUUUUGAGUUUGCCUCAGAUUGGAUCAUUCUUUCAGCAGCCAUUUGGCCGCCAAUUUACGACUGCUGUGCUUGGCCAGCCUUUUGGUGAAGUUAGCAUUUACGUCAACGCAGCUUGCGCCUUGUCCCGGCUAGCGGUCUCUAGCCUGGUAGAGGACCGAUACGGCAAUGUGCAACGAGAUGUACCCACCAUCAUUCGCACAUUCACCACAGUCAUCAAGAAACUCGAGCUAUUUAGGGAUAAUCUGCCGAUACACUGGACAGAUCUUGGGAAGACUCGGGAAUAUGCUAAAAUACAAGAUAUCUUGGAUGCAUUGAAGGAUGGCCUACAGGAUCUCAUUGAUGCGUUCGGACAGUAUAGUACCGACUUAAGACUUACUCGCGCAGACAUGAGAUUGGCAAGGGAGGCAGCUGAAAGGCCGCGGGAGGCUGCAAAUGCGGGAGCGGCAAAUGCUGUUGUGGCAGCGCCAGAGGCACAAAUCCCGAUGCAACAAGUGCGUUAGUGGCAGCAAUUGCUUGUGUCGAGUUUGACUGACGAACGAAUGGGCUGGAUUUGGAUGUGAGGCAUGGAAGUGUCAAGUACCUACUACCUACUAUUUAAUAGGUAUAGGUACAUAGUACGACCGACUGAUAUGAUGAUAGAAAAAAAGUAACUGUAAUGAAGUUCAACUUUCCAUGAAUACCUAAUUAACCAACAACUUUUUUCACCCCUCUAAGUUUUAAUUCAUAUGUAAG